ACGGACGCGUGGACGCGCCGGCCCCGCCCGCUGCCGCCCGCGCCCCAGUCACCCAGCUCUGCGGCCACCAGGUAGUAGGAGCAACCCCGGGCGGCGGCGCGACGGUCCCCACCAUGUCUGCGAACAUGAGGCAGAGGUUCGACCAGUUUCUGCACGAGAAGAACCGCAUGACCGACCUCUUGGCCAAGCUCGAGGCCAGGACCGGCGUGAACCGGAGCUACAUCGCGCUCGGUGUCAUCGGGCUGUUGGCUUUGUACCUGGUGUUCGGUCACGGAGCUUCUCUCCUGUGCAAUCUGAUAGGAUUUGGCUACCCGGCCUACAUCUCCAUCAAAGCCAUAGAGAGUCCCAACAAAGAAGAUGAUACCCAGUGGCUGACCUACUGGGUGGUGUAUGGUGUGUUCAGCAUUGCCGAAUUCUUCUCUGACCUCUUCUUGUCAUGGUUUCCCUUCUACUACAUGCUGAAGUGCGGCUUCCUGGUGUGGUGCAUGGCCCCGAGCCCUUCUAAUGGGGCCGAACUGCUCUACAGGCGCGUCAUCCGGCCCUUCUUCCUGAAGCACGAGUCCCAGGUAGAUGGUGUGGUGAACGAACUGAAGGACAAGGCCAAAGAGACUGCAGAUGCCAUCACUAAAGAAGCCAAGAAAGCUGCUGUGAAUUUACUGGGAGAAGAAAAGAAGAGUACCUAAACCAGUGACUCGAUGAAACCUUCCUGCCCUCUCUGUACCUUCCUAUUAGUGCUUGGUGUUAUAUUAGGGACUGUGGUAUAAUCAUUUUAAUAAUGUUGCCUUGGAAACAUUUUUGAUAUAUUAAAAAAUGGAAUGUGUUGUAAGGUUUUGUUUUUGCUUUUGGCUUUUACAGAGAGCAUUUUAAUUUAAAUUUAAGGCAAUGGGCAGGAGCCAAAUCUCUGGAAAAUACAUUUUGCCUCUAAGUAGGAAAAAACAUGUUACCAUCCUGCAGGAAAUAAAACUUAAAUCCCACAGGCUUUGUACUUUAGUGGGCUCUCUGCAUGCAUUUCUCUGUAUUUGUAUUUUAGGAUAAUCUUUAAGGUUCUACUUCAUGUCAUGUAAAAUUUUGUAUUAAAUGUUUUUAAUGUAUCUGUGCAUACAUAUAUAUAGGGAAACGUUACUGACUGUAACAUGCAUAAUGCUUAUGGGGAGCCCUGCCAAAGCUGAAUGUUUCAUUGUGCUAGUGUGAUCUGCUGAAUAAUACUUCAGAAAAUUAAACAAAUAAGUUAGUAUUUCAAGUGAACAGGGCAGUGAAAACUGAGGUUGAAUGUAAGUUGGUCUGGUUGUUUUCAUAGCAUGGUAGCAGUUGAAUACCAGAACAGAUUUGUAAAGCAGUCACUUUAGUAAUGGGGAAAUAAAUGUACACACGUCAGUAAUUGACAGCUUCCAGUUCCUGGGAACUAGUUAUACUGUUUUGUGGCCUUUUAAAAAUCUGCUUAUAAGCUUUAGAUUUAUCUGUUUUUAAGAUGCUGUAAUGGAAACCAUCCCUGGUUUCGGGUUUCGCUGUCCGAGCUGAGUAACGUUGGUUUAGUACGUUUCUUUCCUAGUCUUUUUUUAAACCAGUUUAAGGAACCUCCAGAGACUUGCCCACCUCUAAAUGUCUGAUAUUGUUCAUGUCAUUAGCAACUAUAUGGUAAUGAUGACGCAGUUCUGGGAGAAUGAAUCGAAGUAUGAUAGAACCCAUAACCUAGGUGGCAGUGGUUAAGUCAAACUGCCUUUACCUUCUUUCUCUGGCCUUUAAGGUCAAACACAAGAGGCCUCCCUACUUUACAAGUCAGAAUCAUUUGUGGUUCACUUAAAUGCCUUCAUCUUUAUGCUUUGUUUUGAUAAAUUGCAUAGUUUUAGUGCAGAAAAUUACUGUCUCCAGCUUUAAUAGCCAAAUAACUUAUUUAUAGGGACCAUGACACUUGCUUGGAUCAGAAAAACUGAGGUUUACACUGACCAUACUUCUGUGAUCUUUCUGAAUUAGACUAAACUGAUUAAAACAAGAGUGUGCAAAACUAACAGGAUUAAAUAUCCAGCCUAUAAAAUAUUUUUUAAGGAAAAUAAAGUUGAUUUUUUCCUUUUGGUAAUAAUUAGAUAAGAUCAUAACGAUGUCCAGUGAUGAAAAAAUAUCAAUAUAUCAAAAAUAAGAGACAAUAUCACCCAAAUAUUACAAUGUAGAUCAGGGCAUUUUUUCCGGGAAAAAUAGUGGUGAUCAUAAGGCAUCUUAUUAAACUUACGUUAAAGGGAAAAAAAAAUUAGAAGAUAAACAGAUUGUCACUGGGAGAAAAUCAAGCUUAAGAUUAAUAAAAAAACACCUCUAGGAAUAUUUAAAUUCCUUUCCCAUAACGAAAGCUAUUCUUAGUGGCAGAAAAAUGAAAAUUAGCUACUUCUAGUAUACAGAAUAUAUAAUCAGACUGUUAGUAUAUAGAAUGUUCAACUUUUAGUAUAUAAGAUAGCAAGCAAGUUGGGGAAGCAUAAAAGUUAUAAUUGCUCAUAAGUAAUAACAGUCAUUAUUUUAAAAACAACUAUAGUAAGAAAACAUUCUGAAUGCAAGUGUUUGUCUUGUAGCUUUCUUCUUUAGUGCAUUCUGUGAGAAAUUUAAGUACUGUUUUUGGCAGUUGAAAUGUACAUAUUAAGGAGAAGUUAUGAGUUGAGCAAUUCUGUUUUAGAUUUCCCAAAUAUAUUGCCAUUGCUGGAGUGUUUGACAGAGUAAUUGAGUCUGUGUCUAGCUAGCAGACAAGCAUUUAAUUUGUACAUGCCUGGUAUUUCAGGGCUAUGUAAAGUCAAAGAAUCUCUACAAUAAUUCUUCCCCUAUAGCUUUCAGAUUCAGUAACUGCUAUGCCAGGGAGAGUCUUCUAGCAGACAGAAGAAAAUGAGCUUACCUUUUAAAUAAGUUACCACCUAUCCUGAAGAUGUGAUAUAUUAAAUGAAUGUAAAUAAAGUUUCAUUAUCUCUGAA